AUGCCCACUGUGGUAUACAGUGGGCGUUUUUCCGUAGAGCCGGCGGACAUCUGGCUUUUUAUUGGCAAACAGAUUGCUGAUAUCAGUAGUGAAUAUUUGGGCGAAGCUGCUGAUUAUGCGAAAGAAAAAGCCGGUGAUGGUUAUGAAACCUCCAAAGAUAAAGCUAGUGAUUUAUACGAAACUGGCAAAGUGAAAACGGUUGAAGAACUUGCAGCUGGAGAUGAGGAAGGUAAAAUGGUCGAUGAAUGUGUUGAUCAAGCAAAAGUUAAACUACAAGAUGUAGCUGCUGAUGCUUUGAAAUCAGAUCAAGAUUUUGGCAAGGAUUCACUGAAAACUGGUCAAGAAUAUGGCGAAGAAGCUGUAAAGCAGGGUCAGAAACUCGGCGAAAACAAUAUAACAUAUGAAACUGGUAAACAGUAUGGUAAUAAAGCAUUAAAGCAAGGUCAGAAAGCAGGAAAAAGCAGGAGUAAAUUUUUGGGAGAAAAUGUAAAAACAUUGAAAACAGUAAUCGAAGAGAAUUAUGGAAUACCGAGAUCAAAACAAAUUUUGUUGAUUAGUGGAGGUGAAUUAUUAGAUGAUGAUGGUGCUCAAGUUUGUAUGAAGACGUGUGCGGGAACGGAAGAAAAUCCAAUUUAUCUAUUAGACAAAUCACAUUUAGAACGUUCUAACCCGUUACAAAUACGUUGGACAACAGAUAUUCCAUCUAUUGAGAAUCAUACAUUAGAACAAUGGUUAAAUAUGACACCAUCUUAUGAAACAGUAGUAGAAAGAGCAAAUACAGCACAAUUGUUCAGCAACUAUGCAAAUCAGAUAGUGCAACGAUGCGAAAAUUUUAUUCAUGAACAACAUCAGCAAUAUCAGGGAUGGAUGGCUGUUAUUGCAAAUGUUGAAGAUACAUUAUCAAGUUUUUUGUUAAAUCGUGACUCAUUUUUUCGAUUAUAUAACCAAUACUUACUUGAUCGACCGUCUUAUGAAGAAUUAUUUAAAAGUAUUCCUCAUACAAUCGAUCUUUUACAAAAAUUAUCAUUACCAACAAAAUUAAUUGAACAAAUGCCUCUUGAUUGUUUACAAUCAACGAUAACAUCUCAAUCAAAUAUUCAACGAACAAUAACAAGUACAGCAUCUUCAUCAUCGAUAACAUCAUCGAUUUCGGAGACAAGUACAACUAGUGUACCAACAUCACAACAACAAUCAGUUACAACUCUACUAGCAGAAGGUGAAGAUGGACAUCAUCAUCAUUUACAACACUAUGAAUCGUUAUAUGAAUGGAUAACUGCACAAUUAGCAAAUAUGAAACUACCAAAUAUUGUGAAUGGUUGCAUUAGUGCCGUUGAAGAAUGUACAGAAGAACUUGGUAUAAUGUUUAACAAUGAUAUCAAUACAUUAGCGGAGAAAAUAUCUAGUCAUGAUUUAAAAAAUAUGACGGGCAUUGAAGAACGCUUUAGUUUUUUACAAACUGAACUUGAACAAGCACUGUCAUGUAGACGAGAACAAAAAGAUUGUGCUGAAUAUAUUGCUAGUCAACGUCAAACAUUAAGUACAAGUAUUCGGAAUCAACGUGAUAUGACAUUAGUCAAGGAUAUUUCUCGUAUACAUCGUGAAAAUUUAAUGGGUAUUGCUAAACGUCAUGCCAAAUUACUUGAAAUUGAGAAAAGAAUAUAUAAAUCAAAACAAGAUAUAAUCAAACAAUUACAUUUAAGAUUUAAAAAUAUAAUGUUUUUACAACGUCAAUUAGUAGAUUAUGAUGCAAAAAUCUCUCUCUAUAUCAAUAAAUUACAACGUUUGAAAAAGAUGACACAAUUUUUAAAACAAUUAAGACAAUCACCGUCCAUUUAUUUUACAUUUCUUUUUGAAUGUUUAAGACGAAAAAAAUAUUCUACAAUCUUUAAUCAAUUUUUACAAACUAUUGCUAGAGAAUCAAAAAUUGUUUUUAAUGAUGAAGUGAAUCGACGUGAACAGUUUCUAAAACAGUAUGACAACCAUUUUCUAUUUAAUUUAUUUCCCGGUUUAAAAGUGAUACCACACUUUUUCAUUAUUGAACCUAUUCGUUUAUUGGAUACAACAAUUCCAGAUUUUUCUUCUGAAGAGUUAACACAUGUAUUUGAUACGAUUCCAGAAAUAAAAGAGAACAGUACGAUUGCUUACACAAAUGAUUCAUCUAUUGAUUUAUUAAACAUGAUUAAUUGUACAAAAUUAUUUACUGAACAAGAGUCUUCGCCACCCUCAACUACAUCUAAGAAUGAUACUGCAUUGACAACAGCUAUAACAUUUCCCACAUCGCCUUCGAGUAGUCGUUCAACUGUUCAUUCUUCAUCACAUUCUGACACUGAAAAUGAUACAACACCAAUACCUACUCCAGCUACAUCAAAAUCAAUUAUACAUUAUACAUUUUCAAAUAAUGAUAAAAAUAUCAAAGAAUUUGUUCAUGAGAUUAGUAAAGAUGAUCAAUUAUUUAAGGAUAAUAGUACAGUAAAUAAACAAAAUAAUGAUACGCAAGCUGAUACAGAAAAUGGUUCAACUGUUUUAUCUAUGAAAAGUGAAAAUACAUCAGAACAAUUAAUAUCCGAUGAAGAUGAUCAACAACUUAUUGAUGAAUCAAAUAAUACGUUGGGUGAUGAUUAUAUUCAAUGUAGUUUAGAUGCUGUUUAUGGUCCAACAGAAGUUAAAAAUGAAGAUGAUGUUGGAAUACGGUCAACAUCUUUGACGGUCCAUGAUAGUGCAAUACAAACAGAGUCAUUAGAUAUUUUUUCAAGUCAGUCGAUACAAACACUUGAAACAUUAGUCAAAUCACUUCGUAUCAAUCAUGAACAAAUGAAAACAAAUUUUGAACAAGAUAAAUCGAAUUAUACAGAUCUUAUUCAAAACUUUCGUUAUUUAUUUGAUCAUACAAUAGUGAAAUUUAUACAAACUCUACAGGAGAAAGUUGAAAAACAAGAAGAAUUAAAUGAACAAUUGAAACAUGAAUUAUCAACACAAACAACAGACAAUGAAACAUUGAAGAUUCAGUAUGACCUAUGUCAUCAAUCAAAAGUUGAAUUAACAGGCAAUUUUAAUAAAUUACAGGCAGAUUAUGAACAAUAUAAAAAACAAUCAGACAAUGAAAUACAUCAAAUUGUUCGUGCAUUAAACAGUGAUUUUGAAUUUGAGUUAGAAAAAAUUCGUACUGAACAUGAAAUAACAAAAAAUGAUUUAACUAUACAAAAAGAUAAAUAUGAUAAAUUAGUUAAUGAUAUGAAUUCUGAACAACCAAAAGAAAAUGUCAGCCAAAUGUCCAUGCAAACGGAUAUAAUUGAAAUGAAUGAUGCAGAAACGAUGGUUGAAAUUGCAUUUACGGAUAAUGGAACACAAACAACAAAAAUUGUGAACGAUGAUAAAGAAUUACAAACAAUUUUCACAAGACAAGAGGAUAAAGGACAAGAACAGCAACAGUCUGUUACGAUGUCUAUUUCUCAUCCAUCCACAACAAUAAAAGAACAACAGAAUCAGUUCAAUCAAGCGAUUCAGCGUGCUGUUCAAAAUGCAACAAGUCAAAAAACCAAACAAAUUAAUGAAUUAGAAAAACAUUUAUUAGAUAAACGUCGAAAAAUUCAUCAAUUGGAAGAACGUAUUAAAAAAUUGAAAAAUUUCUAUACAUUUUCAACAUCACAAACAAAUUUACUAACUCAUUUAACACCAAUGGCGAGCUCUCCACCUGCAAAUAUAGCCGGUCUAACGUCAACACCAACUGAUGGAAGUGAUGAUGAAGAAGAAGAGAGUAUAAAUGAGGAAACUUUAUUCGAUCAAAAUGUAGGAGCGAAACAAACAUCAACAGUGACGGAUGAACCAUUAAUGUCAAUCGAUGAAAAUGACGAUACAGAAAGGGAGGAAGAAGUAGAUGAAAGUUUAUAUCAAGAAGAAAAAAACGAUAAACAACGACAGUUUAUGUCAAGAAGUGAACCAAUUAAUAUGCCACGAACAUUUAUUCAGCAAAGUGUUAUGAGUAGUGGAUUGGCUGUACAAACAUCAUCCCCAUCUGCAACAAGUGAUCUACAGCGUAAAUUAUCACCAGGUUUAGCAUCAUUAGGAAUAACGACGACGACAACGCCGUCAACAAUGACAACAAAUUUCAUUGAAACAUUUACAUCUUCAUUAAAAAUGUCUCCAACUGAUUAUCAAAGUACAUACGAGUUGUACACUCCAUUUGCUGCUUCACCUGGUGCAAUGCUUAACACGACUAGUCUCUAUGGUAUGAAUACAACAGCUGACUCAAGUUUAACGGAAAAAGUUUCAAAAGCGUUGGAAUCGUCAUCAUCUGCUACUCUUACAUCACCAGCUGAAGGACGUUUACCGUUGACAACAGCGUCAUUAAUAUCAUUCUAUUCGGUUAAUCGUUUGGAUAAAGUUAUUUUAUAUUACGAGCAAAAAUAUCAACAAUUUAUCAUAUAUACUCUUCUCUCUACAUUACAUUUUGUUCAUUCGGACUGUCAUGAACUAUUAGAUAUUAACAAAGUCGUUGCACCAAAUGUAUCAACAACAGCAGAAGGUACUGAUACAUUAGUCAAUAGUUCAAUAACAUCCGCACCGGCAAUUAACACAAAUCAACCAAUAUUAGCAGAAGUUACGGAUAAAGAAUAUUGUCAGGCAAAAAAGGUAAAUAAUCGUUUCAAUGUGCCAUUGGGUACAAAAUUUUACCGUGUAAGAGUUAAACCAUGGAAACCUGUACCACAACGUAACAAAACGGAUUCUUGA